AUGCCGCUGCGCUGGCUGCUGCUCGCCGCCUCGGCGCGCUGCCUCGUCGUGCCGCGCGCGCCACGCCCCGGCAAUAAACUCCAUGACAGCGUUGCGCCGCGCCCUUGCACCGCACUCCACGCCAAGGUCGUCGUCGCCGACGGGUUCACGGCGACGGCGAACGCGGGCUUCGCGAGCCUGCGCGACGCGUGGCUGCCGGCGGUCGGCGACGGCGACGAGCUCGAGGUCCACGACCGCACGGCUCCCGGCGACGUCGUGGCGGUCCUCGACGGCGCCGCCGUCGCCGUCGUCAACAAGGUGCGGAUCACGGACGCCGUGCUCGCCGCAUUGCCGGACCUGGGCCUCGUCUGCGUGACGGCGACGGGCGUCAACAACGUGGACCUCGACGCCUGCGCGCGGCGCGGCGUGCUCGUGAGCAACGUGCCGGCCUACUCGACGCCGUCCGUCGCGCAGUGGGUCGCCGCGUGCCUGCUCGACGCGGCCGUCGCGCUCCGGCCCCAGGCCGGCGCCGUCGCCGCCGGCGCCUGGGCCGCGAGCCCGGACUUUUGCGCCUUCCCGGAGCGGACCUUCGAGCUCCGCGGGCGGACCUUCGUCGCCGUCGGCAGGGGCGCCAUCGGGGAAGCGGCGGGCGCCGUCGCCGAAGCGCUCGGCAUGGCCGUCGUCUUCGCGCGCGCGCCCGGCCGCGGCGGCGACGGCGGCGAGCUCGCGCGGGCGCUCGCGACCGCGGACGUCGUCUCGCUGCACGUGCCGCUCGCGGACAACACGGCGCGGCUCGUCGACGGCCGCUUCCUCGCGGCGCUCAAGCCCGGGGCGAUCCUCGUCAACUCCGCGCGCGGCGGCGUCGUCGACGAGGCCGCGCUGCUCGCCGCGCUCGACGAGGGGUCGUUGGAGCGCGCGUACCUCGACGUCCUCGACGACGAGCCGCCGUCGGACCCGGCGUCGACGUCGGCCCGCCUCGCCGCGCACCCGCGGGCUGUGGUCACGCCGCACACGGCCUGGGCGACGAACGAGGCGCGCCAGCGGCUCCGCGACGUCGCCUGCGGCAACGUCCGCGCGUUCCUCGCCGGGGAGCCGCUCCCGACGCCCGCGGCCUCCUAA